CGUAUAAAUGUACCCUUAGAACGCAAGCAUAGACAAAUGUCUAUUGUGAACUCAACCUUAGAUUUGACAAUUGUUAUUCAGGAUCAGGUAUCAGGAUCAGAAAUCCUUGUUUUGUCAGUAAACAAAAAUGAAAUGUGAAAAUGCAAAGUGUUGAUGAAUUUCAAAAGGUUGUUGGCCGUAAAAAUAAGAAAAAAUUGAAAUUUAAUAUUAACAAAGAAAUUUCAAAAAAUUUGAAUACGAAAGCAAAUAUAACCACUGAUAACCUCAUUCGUUCUCUUCUUGCUGCUGUUGUUGAUUUGCAGAAAUCCCCAUUUAACGAGAGUAUUUUUAACAUUUUAUCAAAAUCACUAAGGGUUUUAAAUUCAAACGUGCUUGUCGAAGUAAUUUGCUACGGACUGGGUAGCUUUAGUAAAUAUAGAUCAUCCAAGUAUCAAUUAGCAACUCUUGUUCUAAUUAAAAAUCGCUAUUGCUGCAAAGUAUCAGUGUCUGAUCCAGUUUUUAAUGAAACCGAACGUGAGGUUCUAAAGACUUUGGAAUUGAAUGUUAUUAGAGAAAAUGAAGAAGGUAAACGCGUUGUAACUAACAGUUUACCGACGCUCAUUUUCAUGCCACAUUGCCCGAGUCAUUUGCUGAACAACUUUUUGUUUUCUAAUUGGAGUUCACAAUUGACGAAUUGUGUCAUUUUUUGCAACAGUUGGUCCGAAAUAGUUGAACAAAAUCCCCUUGCAUUCUUGAAAAAUGAAACCAAUUACAUUUCUCGAAUUAAUCCUCACGUAGUUGAAAUUGAAACGGAAAGCGAUGUAGAGUUUAUGGAAAUAUUUAAUUCAACAUCUUCUCAUAUAUUUCCUAAAUUAUCGGAAAUAACAAGAGACUUUUGGCAGCCAAACGAAGAGCCUAUUUAUCCAAUUGAAAGCACUGAAUUUAUCAGAAAGUAAAUGCUCAACUGUUCUUAGUACUUAAACUUUCGUCUUCUUUUAAUGGAGCACUAGUUGUAAUACAAG